AUGGACCUAAUCAAUCCCUAUAUGCGUCAUCACAGCUUUGCCGCUAGCCAAAGCAACUCACCGUCGGCUAUGGCCAUUGCGUCGGUAGCGAAUCGCAGUCCUCCGACUGGCGCCUCCGCCGCUGCUGCCUUGCAUCAUCAUCUUCCAAAUUCCGCAGGCUUGACGAACGGUUUCGCAGAAGCGGCCGCUGCUGCUGCUGCCGCACAUCACGACUACCAAAAUUUAGCUGCUGCGGCAGCUAGUCGCGAUCAUCUGCUCGAUUAUCAUAGCGCUGCGGCAGCAGCUGCUUACGCUGCCAAUAAUAAUAAUCUUUCCAGCCCGCUCAUGCUAUUGAAGGCCCCGCCCAAGCAGCUUCACAGCCUAGACGCGAGUGGGACAAAGUCAGCGCGUUCCGCUGAAGAUUCCUCCACACCACCGCCCUUGCUGUCGGCGAGUAGUGGUGGCGGCGCUGGAGCUGAUCACUCCUCUAUCGCCUCAUCGUCCCGCCUGCAAUCCGAAUCACCAGACAACUGUGCUAAUUCGCUGCAUCAACGCAACCGCUAUGACAACAAUUCCAGUCCAGGUGUCGACAGUUCCAAAUCGUAUCCGGUCAGUCAGCGCAGCGGUAGUGGAGGUGAAGAAGCUGGUAACAACAGCGAAUCGAGUCCGCCACCGCCUGACUACAGUCCCGAAAACCUAUCCGCGAAUCGCGCCAAAUAUGCAUCCGCGCUGCAAGUAUCGCAUCACAACAAUAACAACAACAAUGGCAUUGGAGGUGUUCACCCGUUGGGUGUUCACCACAAUAACAAUAACAAUAUGAUGGAGCACAAACUCCCGUUGAGUUUUCUGGGGCCGCCGUUGGCGGCGCUGCAUUCAAUGACUGAAAUGAAGACUGGCGGAGGUGCGGCGGGCAUGAUGAAUGGCUACGCGAAUAGUCAGCAUACGCACUUGAUCGGCGACGGUCGGGGUGGCGGAGGUGUGGUGGGUAGUGGUAUAUCGGGUUCCAUCACAACCACAACAACAACGCAUACGCAAGGUGCUGCUAAUCCGCAUGGAAUAGAUACAAUACUGUCGAAACCGCCGCCGGUAUCAUCGGCGGGCUUAAGUGCUUUAGCGGGAGGUGGCAUACCGCGUUUCUCCAUUGCUGCCGCCGCUGCUGGAAUGGCCCAGUAUUUGUCGCAAAGUCAAGGUGCCCCUUUGAAAACGCACGCUGGCCAUAUUGUGGAGCGAACGCAUUUGUACUGGCCAGGAUUGCAGGGAUUGGUAGCGAAUCCUAUAGCGUGGCGAGAACGGCUAUCGAAUACAAUGUCAGCGAGUCUCUCACAGGCGCAUCAACACCAUCAAAGCAGCGAUAAGGAUGGCAAGAAGAAGCACACCCGCCCAACGUUUAGUGGUCAACAAAUAUUCGCGCUGGAGAAGACAUUCGAACAGACCAAAUAUCUGGCGGGACCAGAACGGGCGAAACUCGCCUAUGCCUUAGGGAUGACGGAGUCACAAGUGAAGGUCUGGUUCCAAAACCGGCGCACCAAAUGGCGCAAGAAACAUGCCGCUGAAAUGGCCACCGCUAAACGGAAACAGGAUAUUAUGGGCGGGGGUGAGCCGGACGGAGACUGCAGCGAGACAAUGGACAGUGACAAUGAAAGCCUGGAUAUGGGCGAGAAUCCGGCGCAAAGCAAACGUUGUCGUAUGGGUGAUAAUUACCGUUAGACU